AUGCGACGCAUUGGACCAGACAAUGAUAUUCUGUUCUGCUGCGGCACGAGAUCGGAUGGGGAUUGGAUAGGUAACCACAAAGCGCGACGAGGCACAAUCAAAGUGCAAAUCUCGAGCAUAAAAACACGAAAAUACAUUUCAGUAUCUUCGUGGAGGACGCAUAGAUGCUCAUGUGUUCCAGCAUUAUUCUUCAAGUGGCUGUUUGAAAGCAAACUUAUGCUUACAGGCACGGACGUUGCUCUUCAAGCAUUAUGUUGUCAUGUCGUGAAGAACAACUCUACACAACUACGUAAAUGUAACAUCGACAUUAUGGAAUUUGAUGAGCACAGUUUGUGUAUCCUUUCAACGUCUAGUUGUAAGUUGACUGAGAAGCAAAAACUUUGCAUGCUUAAAAUUGGAUGUGCGUAG